AUGUCUGGAUGCGCAAAUGCUGGUCAAGCUCUCGGCAGAGGCUUGAAGUUGUACACAUCAAGAAGCACAUACACAUUACCCUUCCUCUACCAGACUCCAACACUGCGCCGUUACUACAGCGCAUUACAAGAUCUGGCCAAAGAGAACGCUUCAAAGACGAACCCAAAAACCACCAUCAGGAAACCAGCCCGAGAACCUACAUCCACCACCGCACACACCACGACCAAGUCUGACUACCAAGACUUUGUGCCCUUCGAGACACUCGAAACUGCCGAGCCACCUGUCGCCCAAGAUACUGUCCAAGGAGAGUCUCUUACAGGCACAGAGCGUCAUGCUUUCGCCCAACUCGAAGCUCUAGCCAAUGCUCCCAAACGACCUGCUACCAAGACAAGAAAGUUCCCACAACGCGAUGCUUUCAUAAAUCUAGACGAUGUACUCAAUGAAGCAAUUACAAACAUCGAGGCCAGCGAACAGCAACAACGCGAUUUCGAGCACAGGUCCCGUGCGCUUACCAAGGAAAGAUCAACCAUACUCUCCAAAAGAAGAGAUAGAGGUGGCGCCGCCGCAGCAAAGACUGCAGCAAAACAAAAGAAGCUCGGAAAGACUGAACAGGACGCCCAAAGUCUCACCACCGCUCCACAAAUAGAAACAGAAUCAGUCGACACGAAAGAACAGGAGGAAACCGAAUAUCAAAAAUUCAACCGCGAAGACAGACGCACGCUCGCGACUUUGCACGCUGUACCCACAGACACAAAGAUCUGGUCAAUUCUAGAAGAGCGUCUGUUCUCUCAAAUCGCUCUAUUGCACCUCGACAGUCCUGUCCCUGCUUCCACGACCAUAUCACCCAAACGACGUCAGUUCCUGAUGCAAACCUUUCCUUUGCGCCUGGUCACCGCUGCCUCGAUACUUCGAAGGUAUUUCCCCACCUCCAACCUCAUUCUCGCCAUCUUGCCGCGAGUCAAACAACUAGGUCCCUCAGCCUACGCACUAGCAACCACUUCAGACCUCUACAACCAACUCCUCGCCUUCUACUUCCGGAAGUUCGGUGCUGUGGAUACAUGCAACGAGCUACUCCAAGAAAUGGAAAACAACAUCAUCGAACCCUCAGCCUCUACUCUCAAGGUCCUCGACUACAUACUCCAAUACCGUGAAGACUGCAUCGAGAACAGCAAACUAGGUCCUUCGGUAAAGUCUUUAUUCACGACAGAAAAGUUUCGCAGGGAUUUUGCGACAAUGGAAAAGUGGAGGGCUAAGGUCGAGCAGAGUUUGGCUGAGCAGGAGAGUAGAGCGCAGAGAAAGCUUCAGGAACGAGAGCAAAGGAGUGAAGAAAUGGACGAACUCUCUGAUCUCUCAGGACCUCUCCGAAGGGUUGAAGUUUGA